AUGGUGAAAUCUUACCUGAAAUUCGAGCAUUCGAAUACGUUCGGGCUCGUCGCUUCGGCGUCGUCCAAUGCGAUCUGGGCCAAGGACGAUCAAAUCCCGGGUUCGGCUCGCCAAACUGGUGCAGGCAGGGCGAUUGUCGGCGCUGCUGAAGAGGUCCUUUGCUGGGAUGUCAAGAAGGGAGAGCUGCUAGGACGGUGGCGUGACUCGGCAUGCAGAGCACAAGUGACAGUCGUCACCCAGAGCAAGACAGAUGAAGAUAUAUUUGCAGAUGGCAGUAUCCGAAUUUGGGAUUCAAGAACCAGCACGGUCAUUAUCUCCUUCAAUGGUCACAAAUCCGCCGUCACCCAACUGGCUUUCGACAAUGCCGGUGUUCGACUCGCCAGUGGUUCCAAAGACACCGACAUCAUCCUUUGGGACUUGAUUGCCGAAGUCGGCCUAUUCAGGCUGCGUGGCCAUACCGGCCAGAUCACUUCCCUCCAUUUUCUUUUCCCAUCCGCAGAACUUCUCAAUUCCUUCGGAUUAAGCGAUCACGCAGGCUUUAUUCUCACCACCGGCAAGGAUGCCUUGAUCAAAAUUUGGGAUCUGGCAUCACAACACUGCAUUGAGACUCAUGUCGCACAAACAAAUGGUGAAUGCUGGAGCCUUGGUCUCUCACCGGAUCAAGGUGGAUGCAUUACAGCUGGCAAUGAUGGAGAAUUGCGGGUCUGGUCUAUCGAUGAGAGCGCCAUGGUUGAGAUCUCUAAGGAAAAGGUUGGAGCCGAAGGCCGCCAAAUUCUGACUGACCGGGGGACGUUCUAUCGACACGGUAAAGAUCGUACAAUCGGCAUUCACUUCCACCCUCGCGCAGAUUAUGUUGGAUUUCACGGCUCUGAGAAGUCUGUCGAGAUCUGGCGAAUUCGCUCCCAAACAGAGGUCCAGAAAAGCCUGGCCCGUAAACGCAGGCGCAGGAAGGAGAAGGAGGCUCAGCGCGAAGGAGGAGCCAAAGAAGCCGACGAGGAGAAAGAGAAAAAUGAGGAUGUCUCCUCCGCACCUGUUACUGAAGUGUUCAUCUCCCAUGUCAUUGUUCGCACAGGUGGAAAAAUUCGCUCUUUUGACUGGAUGACCACUAAGGCUGGUAGCCUAAACAUCCUGGCCGCUACCACGAAUAACCAGCUGGAGAGCUAUAGCAUCAAAUCAGCGGGUAAGAAGAGCAAGGAUGAUGAAGAGUCAGAUUAUACACGGAAUCUGGCAGUCGAUAUUCCCGGUCAUCGGACAGACAUCCGAUCCAUUGCCCUGAGUUCGGAAGAUAGAAUGCUGGCUUCCGCAUCGAAUGGUAGCCUGAAAAUCUGGAACACACGAACGGAGACUUGUCUUCGUACCCUUGAAUGUGGAUAUGCUCUGUGCUCUGCAUUUCUCCCCGGCGAUAAGAUCGUGGUGGUCGGAAACAAGAAUGGCGAGCUUGAAGUGUUUGACAUUGCCUCUUCUACAUUAUUAGACACUAUAAAGGCCCAUGAUGGCCCUGUUUGGUCUCUUAAUGUGCAUCCAGAUGGCAAGUCCAUGGUCAGUGGGAGUGCAGACAAGACGGCCAAAUUCUGGAAUUUCACUGUUGUGCAGGAGGAUAUUCCUGGAACCAAGCGCACCACUCCCCGUCUGAAACUGGUGCACACAAGAACCUUGAAGGUCAAUGAUGAUAUUCUUAGCCUUCGAUUCUCUCCGGAUUCCCGGUUGCUAGCAGUGUCUUUGCUGGACAACACUGUCAAAGUUUUCUUCGUGGACUCCUUGAAACUUUUCCUUAAUCUCUAUGGCCACAAGCUUCCUGUCUUGAGUAUGGAUAUUUCUUAUGACAGCAAGCUGAUUGUCACUUGCUCUGCCGAUAAGACUGUUCGUCUUUGGGGCUUGGAUUUUGGAGAUUGCCACAAGUCCUUACUUGCUCACGAAGACAGUGUAAUGGCGGUGGCUUUUGUCCCUUCGAACAGGGAUGGAAACGGCCACAACUUCUUCAGUGCCAGCAAGGACCGUGUCAUCAAAUACUGGGAUGGCGACAAGUUCGAACACAUUCAGAGGCUCACUGGUCAUCAUGGCGAAAUCUGGGCUUUGGCAAUCAGCCACUCAGGAGAAUUCAUUGUCAGUGCGAGUCAUGAUAAGAGCAUCCGUAUUUGGAAGCAAACCGAUGAGCCCCUGUUCUUGGAGGAAGAGCGUGAAAAGGAGAUGGAGGAGGCUUACGACAGUACCCUUACCGCAUCUCUUGAGCAAGAUGAAGAUGGCGAGGACGGUGAAAAGGCCGAAGCAGUGGAUGUUGGCAAACAGACGACCGGCACACUCAUGGCCGGAGAGAAGAUCAUCGAGGCACUGGACCUUGGUAUCGAAGAUCUUGAGGUUAUGCGUGAAUGGCGCAAGGUCAAGGCCGCCAACCCUAAAGCUGCUGCUCCUGACCGCAAUCCGCUUUAUCUUGCAUUUAACAAUAUCUCUGCGGAACAGCAUGUCCUGAGCACUGUGCAGAAGAUUCCUGCCGCUGCCUUACAGGAUGCCCUCUUGCUCCCCGCUCUCUUCACCUUUCUCAACAUCUGGGCGGAGCGCGAAUGGAACGUUCCGCUGACCUGCCGUGUCUUGCUUUUCAUGCUCAAGACUCACCACCGUCAAAUUGUGGCCAGCAAGAUGAUGCGCCCUAUGCUAGACAGUAUCAGAUCAGCCCUGCGUCGUGUUCUUUCUCGUCAGAAGGAAGAGAUGGGAUUCAACCUGUCUGCACUUCAAUUCAUUGGUGACCAGAUUCGCGAGCAUAGUACUAAGGACUAUAUCGACGAGGAGAACUGGGAAUCGCAGCACGCCCAGAAGGGAUCAGGCAAGAAGCGGCAAUUCGUAAGCAUUGCAUAG